AUGCUUCGCUUAGGCAUAUUCUCGGCUCUUUUCGUCAUAACUUUUGCUGGUCAUCAUUGGAAUGUGACUAACGACAGUACCAAUAAAACCUGCAUAAUUUUUGAUGCAGACUCCGUCACGGUUACAGUAAAAUUCACUAAGAAGAAUGGCACUAUUGAUUCCUACAAUACCACAAUCAACUCGAAUGUUAGUGUUACUGGAAACUGUGUGUCCACCUAUGGAAAUCAAACUGUUCAGGAACUACAGGUGCAAUUUUUACCAGCAGGAAGUGAAACACUGCCCACAGAAAGUCAGCCGUGGACGUUACAGUUAACUUUCGGUUCUGUUGAAAAGAAUUACGCUUUCAAGUUGCUUAAUUAUUCAUUACAAACGGCUCCUGCUCGUGGAAUGAAUUCAUCUUUUAUCUACCGGUUUACCAAAGCGAAUCCCGAUGUGGAUUUUUUGGCGCAUGAUACUGAUGCUUUCAAGUGCUCAGCCACUGAACUUCGUCUUUCAAAUGAUUCAGUGAUUGAAAUAAAGAAUGUGCGUGCAAUAGCGUUCGCGCAGUUGGACAAACCAGAGUUCUCGAAACAGCAAAUUUACGAACAAUGUGCGCUUGAUUCCCGGACCUCAGACAUUGUUCCAAUAGUUGUUGGUGCUUGUCUGGCUGGUCUAGUUAUCAUCGUACUUGUUGCAUAUCUCAUCGGAAGAGCUCGUGCUAAGCGUCAAGGAUAUGCUAGCGUUUAG